AAAUGGGGAACAUGUGAUUCUUUAUGUUGAGGGACAUUUAUUUUUUUUAACAAUUGGAAUUGAUAUAAUUUUGUAAUUAACUCAGAUUGUUAACAGCUGUGUCGAUGAUUUUUUUUUUUUUGCUUUUGAAUUUUUUUUGCCAAAUGUCAAUUUUUGAUUUGUUAGGUGACUAGUGAUUUAGUAUUUAAAAUGAUUAAGUUAAUUGUAUAAAAUAUAAAUCAACAUAGCAAAAAUAUAAAAUAAUAAAAUAAAAUUUAAUAUUAUUUGUAAAUCAUAAUUACCCAAAUGAUAGAAAUAAUGUUAAUUAAAAUGAUUAUUUUCCAACAAAUAAAAGUGAAUUGAUAAAAAGAUAUAAUUAUUAAAUUGUAUUAUCAUUGAUCCUAUUUAAUUAACUAAAACUAAAUUAAUAAAAAUAAAUACAGAUAUAUGAAAUAUAAGCACUAAAUUUAAACCAACAGUUUUAAAUGAAUAUUAAAAAUAUACAUUUCAUAUUAAUUUGUUAUAUUUUGAAAAAUUUCAUACUUACUUUCAGCAAUUAUAUAAUCGAGAUCUAUAUAUAAAGAAAAUUAGAAGAUGCCGCACAUAAAGUCACUUAUCAUCAUCUCAACCCUUAUACUUUAUUAUAUUUUGCAUACGAGUCCUCAAAUUAAAACCGAUUUAGCUACAAAAAGUGGAAAAAACAAAACAAAUUUAGCCAAAAAGGAUUAAAUUAAAAAAAAAACUAAAAAAAAUAAUCGUUUUUAUAAACCAGAAAUAGCUGGCCAACCCUUGUCUUCCUCUCGAACCCUAAUCAAGCCGGCUCAUCUCAAAAGACAAAAGAAAAAUUCCCAGAAAUUGCAUCUCUCCGCCACCCUCAGAUUCUCCCUUUCCGUUACUCAAACCCUUCUCCUCCGUCCGAUUCCACCUGAUCCUUCCCCGGAACCGAAGUCCUUUAACCGUAAUUUUAAUCAAAGUUUAUUACCUAACCGCGUAACCAACCAACCAACCCGGUCACAACCCGCAAACCAAACAGAAAAAGAGUAAUGGAUUCAGAUUUGGAGCCAGUAGCUCUCACACCACAGAAACAAGACAGUGCAUGGAAGCACUGCGAGGUCUACAAAUACGGAGACCGAGUCCAGAUGAGAUGUCUCUACUGCAAGAAGAUGUUCAAAGGAGGCGGCAUCACCCGCGUCAAGGAGCACCUCGCCGGCAAGAAAGGCCAAGGCACCAUCUGCGACCAAGUCCCCGAGGAGGUCCGCCUCUUCCUCCAGCAGUGCAUCGACGGCACCGUGAGGCGUCAGAGGAAGAGGCGGAGGUCCAGCGCUGAGCCUCUGCCUAUCGCUUACUUCCCUCCGGAAGAGACUCAGGUCGUCGAGGGCUCUUACGUCAACAACGGGGAAGUGGUUGCAGCUGGUGGUGGACAGAGCUCGGGGAGGACGAAGCAGAGGACUUACAGGAGUAGGAAGAACAUUGUAGAGAGAAGUGAGUUGGCGAAUGUUGAGGAUUUGAUUGGUGGAGAUAUGGAUAAUCUGAUCCCUGUUGCUAUUAGUAGUGUUAAGAACAUUGUGCAUCCUUCUUCGAAGGACCGUGAGAAGACGGUUCACAUGGCGAUUGGGAGGUUCUUGUUUGAUAUAGGAGCUGACUUUGACGCUGUGAGCUCUGUUAACUUCCAGCCGUUGGUCGAUGCGAUUGUUUCAGGUGGGUUUGGUGUUUCUCUGCCUGCUAAUGAAGACAUCAAAAGUUGGAUUUUGAAGAGCUGCGUAGAGGAAGUGAAGAAAGAUAUCGACGAGUGCAGGCCCCUGUGGAAGAGGACAGGCUGUUCUGUUUUAGUCCAGGAAUCGAAUAAAGUACUUAACUUCUUGGUUCACUGUCCGGAGAAAGUAGUGUUCCUGAGAUCCUUUGAUGCCUCAGAGAUACUCACUUCUUCUUCUGAUGAUGAUGAUGAUGAUGAUAAGUUGUGUGAGGUGCUUAAGGAGGUGGUUGAGGAGAUAGGAGACACCAACGUCGUUCAAGUGAUCACCAAAUGCGAAGACCAUUACGUCUCCGCAGGGAAGAAGCUGAUGGAAGCCUAUCCUUCUCUCUACUGGGUUCCUUGCGCUGCACACUGCGUAGACAAGAUGCUCGAAGAGUUCGGGAAGAUAGACUGGAUAAGAGAAAUCAUCGAGCAAGCGAGAACCGUCACGAGGAUCAUCUACAACCACAGUGGCGUCUUGAACCUCAUGAAGAAGUUCACUUACGGCAACGACAUUCUCCAGCCAGCUUUCACCACUUACUCCACUAACUUCGCAACUAUGGCGAGGAUCGCUGAGCUAAAGCCUCAUUUGCAGGCGAUGGUGACAUCAUCCGAGUGGAACGAGUGUUCGUACUCAAAAGAAGCUGGUGGUUUAGCGAUGACUGAGACCAUCAACGACGAGAGUUUCUGGAAGGCGUUGACGUUGGCGAACAAUAUAACGGUUCCUCUUUUGCGCGUUUUAAGGAUUGUUUGUUCUGUGAGGAGGCCUGGGAUGGGGUAUGUCUAUGCGGCAGUGUAUAGAGCGAAGGAAGCGAUUAAGACGCAUCUUGUUCACAGGGAGGAUUACAUGGUCUUCUGGAAGAUUAUAGAUAAGUGGUGGUUGCAGCAGCAGCGUCUUCCUUUGCAUGCUGCUGGUUUCUAUCUUAACCCCAAGUUCUUCUACAACAUUGGGGAAGAGAUGCGUAGCGAGAUACACUUAGCUGUGGUUGAUUGCAUAGAGAAGUUGGUUCCUGAAGAUACUAUUCAAGAUAUAAUAGGAAAGGACAUUAACUCUUACAAGAAUGCUGUUGGGAUCUUUGGAAGGAACUUAGCAAUCAGAGCUCGAGACACAAUGCUUCCUGCUGAGUGGUGGUCUACGUAUGGAGAAAGCUGCUUGAACCUGUCACGAUUUGCUAUACGUCUUCUGAGUCAGACAUGCAGCUCAUUGGUUGGCUCUGGGAGAAACCUGACACCUUUGAAGAAAGUAUAUGAAUCCAAGAACUCCAUUGAGAGACAGCGUCUUAGUGAUCUUGUGUUUGUUCAGUACAACAUGCGUCUCAGAAGACUGGGGGUUGAAAGCGGAGAUGACAAUGCAGACCCGUUAUCACAGAGCAACAUGGAGCUUCUUGAAGACUGGGUUUCAAGAAACCAAGUUUGUAUAGAAGGAAAUGGAAGCUCGGACUGGAAGUCACUCGAGUCCUUUAAGAGGACAGAAGUAGCAGCGGUUGUCAUCGAUGAAACAGAAGACUUGGGGACAGGUUUCGAUGAUGGAGAGAUAUUCAAGGGAGAAAAGGAAGUGAGUGAUGAAGGUUAUUUCACAAACAUAUCGGAGAAGCUGUUCACGUGAACUCACUAAGAAGAAUCUCUCUUGUUUUUUUGUGUAAUAAUAGGGGUUUGUUUGAUUUGGAGAAACAUUUGUGAUUUUCUCCUCUUAGGGGCUUGGUUUGUUUGUAUUCUAUAUAGUUUUUACUAAUUGAUGCUGUGUCCCCAUAAUUACUGAGCAUGCAUUUCUUCUCUAUUUAGUGACUCCAUCCAAAACCAUUCAGACAUUUUGAUUGUUUUAUGUUUUUUUUUU